CUCCCGCCGCCCUCUCUGUGGCGCCAGCCCCGCUCGCCGGAGCCUGCGGCGGCGCGGAAGGGCCCUCCCCGCACGCCAUGCCGGCUGGCGGGGCCGCCCGCAGCAGCAGCGCAGCUGAGCUGAAUAGUCACUUCGGGACUCGGUUCUUUGCAUCGCCCUGCCACCCUCAGCAGGUGCAGAAUCCUGCUCCGGCAGAUCUGCGACUUCAGCCCCAGCCGGCUUCUUUCUGCCCAGCACCGUCUUGCAGUUACGUUUGAGGUAAAACCAGUAGUUCAGUAGCUGCGAGGAUGUCCUUUCGUCGAUUUCCCUAAUGCCUUAAGGAGGAGUAACUUUAGGACCAUCUUCAGAACGUAUCCCAAGUUCUGCAAAACUGGAGUUCGUUCUUCAGGAAUCCUGUGCUAAAGCCUGUCGGUAGCAGAACUGCCUGAUAUUUACUGAAUCUUGCAUGUGUAAAAGGACUACCUCUUUCUGACCUGGUCAUUAUCCUUGAGAAACCAUUGAAACCUUAGAAAAAUGGUUUAAAAAUAUUUGAAGGGAGACUAAGUGGUUCAACAAGUAACGUUCUAAUGGAUGAAAGAGAAUUUCCACCAAAUGAUUUACAAAUAGACUCAAAGGACAGUCUUCCUGCUGACUACAGAGUGGAAAGUUUGGCAUCACAUUUGGUUUCUUCAGCUGACGAAAAUGAAAAUCAACUUGACAGUGAUGGGAAUGAGGUUCUGACCAGUAGUAGCAUUGCCAUGGGGCGACAGGAUAGAGGUGAGCAGGACAGCAUCAAUAAUAAUGAGAAUAUGGACAGUGGUGACUGCACCCCAAGCUGUAUGGGAAGUGAGACUGAGAGGAGACCUGUAAAUGUCCAUAUGGAUCCCCAGCUGGAGGAAAAUCCUAUUACAGAAAAACAGCCAAGUGGAAAAAGAAGUCCAAGAAGCAAAAGAAGCUCCAGUAAAAAAUCCAAAGGAGUUCCUCCAGCAGGAACCACAGCAAUCAAGGAGGAAAAUACUCUUAUUACAGACACAGAAUCUGUGCAUGCUGAAGGUGCUGUUGAAGCAAAUGAAAACUUUCACCAAAAAGAACAAAACCAAAAGUUGCAGUCUCUUUUCUCUUUACUCCGUGAAGAGGUUGAGCAGUUGGAUUCAAAGAUACUGCCCCUGUGUCUCCAUCAGAUAGCUGAGACCUAUUUUCAAGAGGAGGAAUAUGAGAAGGCAAUGAAGUUCAUUCAACUUGAACGACUGUAUCAUGAGCAGCUGCUUGCAAAUCUUUCUUCCAUACAGGAGCAGUGGGAAAGAAAAUGGAAAACAGCAGUUCCAAGUUCAAUUACAACACUGAGGAAUUCAGCUAAGGAACUAAGUGGUGAAGAGUUGGAAAAGCUUACGAGAGUUUGCUCUUCUCAUCAGCAGCCACAAACACCCAAAAAUAAGCUAGUAGCUGCAGAAAAUACAUGGGAACGUGGUUGUUUGCUUCAGUUAAUGGAAUCAGAAAAUUUGAAGGAAAAAGAAGCUACUGCUUUCAAACCAGGUACUGAAACUUGUCCUGGCGUUGGACCAAAGAAAGAAGAUAAACAGCUGAGCACUAGCUCUCCAGGGGAAAACAAAACUGAGAGAGAGACAGAGGCAGCAAGCCUUUGGGUAGCUGCAGGAAAGGACCACAUGGAGGAGCAGCACUGCAGUGCUGAAUCUACAUUGAAGCCACACACCCAGUCCACAGGGAUAGUGGGCAGGCCUUCUUCAGGCUGUUUAUCAUCUGGGGAUGCCGGUAAAGAUAACAGUUUGCAGCUGAGAGAAAGACAGCUCUCUAAGGAUGCAGAACAACUAGAAGGCACAGCUGGGGAGCCUGGAGUGAAAUUCCCUCUGCAGCCAAUGGUCGAUGCUUUGGUUUUAACAGAUGCUGAUUAUAUGCCUACUAAUUUGGUUCCUACUGAUAAAGAUGUGCAAACUAAUAGAAAUCUGCUCAGGUCAAAACAUGCUCCUGGCUCAUCAGAAGUUGCCAGUGGCCAGCUUGGAAAUAGUGAUUUAGAGCAGCAACAGGAACAGCCUGAUGAUGAUGAUGAUAAAUCUUUGCGGGACAGAACUGCAUCAAGUGUGUGCUCUGGGUGCAAUAAAGUGUCUGAGCCUGAGAGAGCUGCCCAUUCACAAGUAUGCAAGGAAGUACAGAGAACUGCAGGACAGGAGCAGAAGAUAAAUAAUGAAGAACAAGAAGAUUUAUUUCUCAGAUUUUUAAAUGGUAACAUAAUAGACACCGAAGAAUCAUUUGCAAACUUAACAAACCAAGAGGACUUGGACACUGUUCCAGAUAUUUCACCUGAACAAGCAUCUUACAACUCUCUGGAAGCUUUAUCACUAGAUGACAGCUUUUCUUCUCUUGAUGAGCUUGCAAGAAGGAUAGAGAUUGCUGAGAUUGCCCCAGCAGAGGGAUUGGUGUCUAUACUAAAGAAGAGAGAUGACAGGGAAGGAAAAACAAUUGCUCAAGUCCAGCAAAGGCAAACAAAGAGAAGAGUGCGAUUCCAAGAAACAGAAGACACACUGGAUCAAGAUGAAGUAGCUGGUGGCUCCUGUGUUUUGCUGAUCCUGCUGUGCGUAGCAACUGUUUUCCUUAGCAUUGGAGGAACUGCAUUGUACUGCACCUUUGGUGACAUGGAAUCCCCUGUGUGUACUGAUUUUGCAGCCAACAUGGAUUUCUAUUAUACCUAUAUCUUGCAACGUAUGGAAGAACUCAAACACUGGAUAGCCUUUUCAUAGUUGAAAUGAGUGGACAUGGCACAUUGAGAGCUUGUCAAUGGUUACUGGAGAGGGUAGAAAAAAGUUGUGAUUUCAAGUUCUCCAACACUUGCCACCUGCAGAUGAUGUGUAUUUGAUGAUAUACGUGCACAUUUACUUAGAAAUCAAGAAAAUUCUAGUUUAGCAAUCAGGUGGCAAAAUGGUCACAUCUGAAGCUGUAGCAGUGUGGUAUGGGAGAAUAAAAAGUUACUCUUCACCCUUUUGAGAGUAGGCAAGUAGCGUUUUGACAGCUUGAGAAAGUGAAGAAUAAAGAAGAAAAUAAACUGUCUUCUGUAUGCUCUCCCAUUGCCACACAUUGUAUAAGCAAUCUCUGGAAGCUUAGUAAAAGGACAGCUUUAAUUUACAGCUGUUUGUGCAAAGGUGUUGCCUCCAGCUAUCAUGCAAUAAGUCUGUGUUUUAUGAAAACAUUUUUCUUUUAAGUCUCACUGUUUUUCUCCAUCUUAAUUCUCCUGGUGAGCCAUGUAUUUGAGUGGAGUGAGAAGAGUGCAGCAACAUUCAUGGAGCCCUCAUGCAGUGAUUAACACCUGACCCUCUAUCUUAUUGCUUACAGUGAAUAUCAUGAGUGGGAUAAAUCUGCUGGCAGAUUUCACUAAAUUUUCUGGAACUUUACUUCCAGUAUUGUGUGGGCUGUUUUAGAAAUGGAAGGUUAAAAAAGAAAUCAUUGUUCUCACUAAACACAGAAACAAAAGUAAGAUGUUUAGUAAAUUAUUCAUGUUAAAUAGUAAAGUGGCUUUGGCCAGUUGUAAAGCACCUGGUAGCAGGUGUUGAGCUAACUGGAUUUUCUGUCCAGCUACGUCACUGACUUGCAGAAAUCACUUUGUGCCUCAGUUUCUCCUCCAUAAAUGAGGAAUAAUGAUCCUUGCUUUUGUCUGUGAAAGUGUAUUGCAAUUAGGGCUCGUGUCUGAGUCAUCCCAGAUGAGUGCAUAGGAUCACUGAACUGUGUGGCUGGAGCCUCUCUCAAUGCCUGAAUGCUUAUGUGAAGUGGGACUGAUCCAACAGAAGAGAUUGAGGCUCACUGCAGACCUGCAGCACAGCAGUACUCCAGGGCAGUAGUGCCAGCAGAUAGAGCACAUUUGCAGCUAUUUGCCCUGUGGUUCUGAGACUAUUGCACAAUCUGUUCUUUUUCUAUCAAACACAUUGAAAUCAGUACAAAGAGUAAUUUUUAAAUGGGUAUUUCUACUGCUUGGUGCUCAGCCCUCCCUCUGUGGUAUGUGAGAGAAACACUGACAUAACUGUGAAGGUGAGAAUUAGAUACACAGGCCUUUGGCCUAUACUGGUCAACAUGUGGCAACUGUUCUUGCACAGAGCACAAUGGCCUAGCCCUGCCAAAGGUGUUAGUGUGAAAUGAUUCCUUUACACCUCAGGAAGAAGCAUUUUUGAGGGGUCCACUUCACUCCACUCUGUGAUUUUCUGCUUACUACUGUUGUAUGAUGCAGUGUGUUCAGGUUUAGAAUCUUACUUUGUAAAAUACUAUGAAAUGAAAUCUUCAAGAUUUUGCUCAGAAUUAUAACAUUAAAUGAUCACGCUUUCUGGCAUUUGCAAGCAAAUUGUCCCUCUAGUGAGCUUCAUUGUUCCUAAUGCACUGUUAUACUUCACGGGUGUUAUUAAGUGAAAGUUAAAAUCACCUUUUUUUCUAGAAUAAAUUGCAUGUAUGAUUUCUCUUUUUGUUUUCACUGCAGAGGCUUAGUUUAUCUAUACCUUAGGGAGCCUCAUGAGCAGCUUUAUAUUAAACUAGCACACUUAAAAUGCCCAAAUUAAUGAACACUUUUACUUUCAGAAAGAAACUAGAGAACGGUAGUUUAUUAUAUAUUUUGUUUGUCAUCCUCCGAGCAUUAUAAUGCUGGGCUAAUCUAAAGGAGAAAGGGAAAGACACUUUUAUAUUUUAAAGUGUUACUGGCUGGUUCAGUUUAUUUUUUGAAGUUUGAGUUUGUCUAUUUAUUUAGUUUUUCUUUUAAAGAGAAUCUUGAUUUUCUAUUUUGGUAAUUUACUCACAGAGUAAAGCAUGCAUUCAGUUAAAAUAUGUAUUUAUCGUGACUAUGUAGUUAGAAUAUAUUUUGAGUUUCUGUAACUUUGCAUCAAGUGUUUCAAGACAUUAAGUUCAUUCCUAAAUAGAGACAACUAUUAAUUUCAGCUUAAAAAAAUCUUUUUAAGUUUUUGUGCACUUCAUCACCAAAAAGAUCAAGAGGUAAAUAUAGAACUAUUUAUUCAAAAGUAUAUCAGAAAUGGACAUCAAAGAUCUUCUACUUCUAGGUUCAUUUAAUUAAAACUAUUUUUAAAUAAUUAUUUUAUUUAAAACUGUAAAGCUAUUUAAAGUCAAAGCAAUUUUAAUAAGCAUUUCAGUUUUAAAUCAGUGGUCCAAAUCCUGGUAUGUCUGAUUUAUCCUCUCCUCCCGGUGCAAAGACUCAUUACUGUCAGCAGAACUGCCUACAAGAAAAUCAUUAAAAGGUUGGGCAACACUUGACCACCACAUUCCUGAUGAAAAAUGAGCAGCCAGGCGUUCUGUGUAACUCAGCUAACUUACACUUGUGGUGUAACUUGCAGCAUCUCUCCAGCCUUCCCAGCCUAUGCCAAGGUACCACACCUGCAAAGUCUCUCAGGAUUUGAGGGAGCAGAAGGGGCACAUGUACACAGGCUGCCCAGCUCCUGAUCUGAGCUGUUCACUCCUCAGUUCCAACUAAGUGGUUAAAUCUGGAUCUAAUUUCUGUUGGCAUUCUUUUAUAAAAAACUGAUGGUACUAAUCCUUGCUAUGUGUGGCAAUUCUGUUAGUGCAAAUAGUUAGCAUUGUCUGUAGUACAUUAUCAGACUCCCAGCUACCAAUGUAGCAAAAUUUGCUUUGCCUUGAAGUCCAAAGAGUGGGAGGGAAGGACUAAUGUUGGCCUUCCUGUAUCCUCUGUUCUCUACAGUGCUGAUGACAUUGCUUCUGCCUGGCUGACCUGAAUGAUUAGGAUCUUGUAGUCAGGUAAAUCGAAGCUAAAAGGAAUAGUUGAUUUGAACAGUGACUGCUGGUCUGACUGUUUUGAGAUAAAAUAGUACUGAGCAACAGCAAAGAUUGUUAUAAGUAGGAAGAAAACAGAGAAACACUUGCUUGUAAGUUUUUGUUUAUUCUUUUUCCUUCCCUGCCACUCUUCAUGGCUGUUCUGCUUGGCAGUAAGGAAAACAUGCCAGCAUAAAACCAGUUGUAAUUGGUAGGAAAAUCCAGGGAAUGGUUCAGUGCUUGAGGGUAGUUCAAAAUAAUUUCUUAAAAUAUGACUGGAUUUAAGGCUGAUAGUGUACCUUUUAUGAAGUUGUGGCAAGUUAAUCACCUGCAGCACUACUAGAAACCCCCACCUUCCAGUUCAUUCUUUGAAGUCUUUCUUGUGAUAGAGCAAAACCAAGACUUGAUGUAGAUUUAACAUACUUUGCCAAAAAAAGCUUUCUGAUUAUGUAAUUAGGAACCACACCCCAAAAAGCACAGACUACACCAAGAAAAGCACCGUUGCUGUAGCCGAGCCACUCUAUACUACAGGUUUGUUUUCCAAAUCAUGUCAGUAAGGAAGCAGAUAGUCCACAGCCCAGAUAUGCCAGCAGAAGUUUGUAAUCUAAACACAGCCUGUAUUUUAAAAUGUUUCCUAUAUCUUUGCUUUUAUACUUGGAAAAUGCAUAGCCCUGGUGAGAAGCAGUAGGAAGUAGUAUAACAAAAAGGGAAACUCUUGUUUAGAGUUUUGGGGUGUAAAGGGAAAGCUUGAACUAUUGAGUAAGCAGAGUAGAUUGGAAGUUCAGAUUCUUCUCUGACUGGGUAUUGUUCCUCUCAAUAGCCUAAAGGGACGUUACCCUCCUAAGAAAACGUUUGCCUACUUUGUACUGUAAUGCAAAACCAAGACCAUUUGGAAGGACUAAUAACUAUUUGUAACAAAUUUAACUUAAGCUUCCUUUAGCAAAAGGAGUAAAUAAUUGUGUUUGAAACCAUCACCCAAGCUUGUAAUUAAAUACUGUAGCAAAAAAAAAAUAAAAGCCAUCCCAAAGAAAA